AUGUCUGCUCGUUCUGACAACGCCGUCGUCAUCAUCGGCUCCGGCCCUGGAAUUGGCAGCAACACUGCCGCCGUGUUCGCGGCCAACAAAUUCAACAAGGUCGCUCUCGUUGCAAGGAAUCCUACGCAGCUUGAGAAAGAUGCGACCUUUGUUACAACUGCUUCCAAUGGCAAUGCCACUGUGAAGACCUACUCCACCGACGUCCUCGAUCCUGCCAAGUUUACCACCACACUUGCCCAGAUCAGCAAAGAUCUCGGAACGGUUGAGUUUGUCUUAUUCAACGCAGCCAUAGUCGCAGAGUCUAGCCAUCAAGAAGUCAGCGACGAUGAGCUCCUGCGUGACUUCAAAAUCUCUACGAUUGCGCUGAACAACCUCUCCAAAUGGGCCUUCCCACAGCUUAUAGCUUUGGCAUCUUCUGAUGCCAGUGCUAAGCCUACAGUCAUUGUUACCAGCUCUCAUCUCCCCGAGGCCCCAGAGACCAAUCUCGUCUCUUUGUCCAUGUCCAAAGCAGCUCAGAAGAACUUUACUCGAACUCUCCGAAAGGUUUAUGAACCAAAAGGCGUUCACGUCGCUAUCCUGACCGUUGCUGGAUAUGUAACGGAGACAAACAAGUACCUGAACCCCCGGAACAUUGCCGAGCAAGCUUGGAACCUGUACAGCCAGCCAAAAGAAAGUUGGACUGAAGAUAUCAGAAUUGAGGAGCCAUGA